AUGUCAUCAUCAACCGCCCAACAACAACAACCCACCCAAAACGAGCCCUCCACCUCGUCAUCCACCUCCGACGGCCCAACCCGCCCGGCCUUCAACACCCGCGCCUCCUCCAAAAUGGCCGCCUUCCAAGUCCUGGACUACUGCGCCGACAAACUCUCCUCUUCCUCCUCUUCCUCCAACAAAUCCGACGAAACACCAGCAGGAGUAGGGAAAGACUCCAACGUCAGCAAACCGGCGUCGACGAAGACGAUUGCGCCGCAGGUCAUGUUCGGCCUGAGCAACGACGUGCGUGGAAUUCCAAUGGCGUUUGGGGGGAAGAUUGGGGCUUUAUGGGACAUUUCUGAAUGGAGGGCAUUUUUGGGAAUCGUGGACGGGAGAACACAACAACUCCCAGAUGAACGGCGAAUUUCGAAAGAGAUUCCGUCCACCCUCCGUGAACACGCGAUGAGCCUACCACCAGGAAUUACAGUCCUCUCCUCAGAGGGAGGGAAACAAAAGACAUUGCCAGAGGUACGCAUCUGCUUACGUCAGCCGCAACUGGGUGCUUAUGUCACCCUCCGCGCUGGAUGACGUAAUUCUGCUAGAUGUCUGAGGUACAUACACGCGACAGGUGCCGCAAUUGCUGCCUCAGGCAUCGAAUUUUCCCCCUUUCUCUUCUGGAUAUAGAAUUUCCCUAGAUAGAAGAUGGGGAGAGAGACAUAGGUAUCUUUCAAUACAAUUUGAGCUGCGUCUGCGUGCAGGCAGCCCUUCCGCAUAUCACCUGUGCGGCCAUAGAAGAAGAAGAAUCAAAAAAACAGCCUUUCGAAGGGAAGAAAAGAAAGAAAUAGCUGGACAGCGAACCAACAAUCUCCGUCAUGAUGACAAGAGCGAAGUAGUAUUUACUAGACCAGGUACCAUCCUCUCUUCCAGCACGCCUCAGUGUCCU